UACACGACGCCUGCGCAGGGCCCUCGUUCUUCCUAUAUAACAGCUGAUCUUCGCAGACUCCGCAGCCAAGCACCAUGGCCGCCCCUCGCCCUCAGCACCUGCUGUGUCUGAGCCUCAGCGCCCUCGUCGUCGCCGUCUUCGCCUCGCCGAUCCCUGCCUCCGCCAGGUUCUCCCCGCGGCCGCCCUUCCUGUUCCACGAGCGAGAGAAGGAGCAGGAGCAGCCGACGCCCCGAGUUGAGUCCCCGAAGCGCUCGCGGGAGGACUUCAGCUCCGACCUCGUCCAGUUCUUCUCGGAGGAACAGGUGCAGGAGGCCACCAAGAUCCAGUACAAGUCCAUCCCUGAGCCGGUCAUCUACACGUCGCAGGUCCUCCAGCAGGGCGUCAGCUGCUCGACGCUGCACUCGGAGAUGCACGAGAACUACAUCAAGCCCGAGCUCAGACUCCGUCCCGAGUGGAUCUACGAGUCCAAGCUCAUCGGCGACUGCCCCACGCACUACGUCACCCGCGAGCUGCCGUCCAUCUACUCACCCUCGACGGUGCUGGAGGCCGUCUGCGCCUGCGGGGGCUCCCAGUGCUCCGAGGACGGCCACCAGUGCGUGCCCGUGUCGCGCCACGUCCCCGUGUGGGUGCGUCGGGGGCCCAACCUCCAUGUACUCGACGUCGAGGAACUGACGGUGGCGUGUGCCUGCGCCCGGAGACCCAGCGCCGGCGGGAACUUCAUCUUCAGCGCGGCGGUCGAGAGCUAGAGCGAGACGAAAGGGCGAAACACUCGGCCUCGAGCGAUCCUUUGCUGCCAUUCGAUAUAAAAAAGAUAUCCACGGGUCUGUGGACGCGUUGCUCUACAAAAGGAAUCUGCGUGAGAGAGUUCUCAGUAAUUUUCCUUUGUACAGUAUAAAAUUCCAAACAGGACUUCGUUACGUUAUUUGUGCCAAAUUGUUGAAUGAUUACUAAUACUAGGUUUUAUAAUCACGAAUUAUAGUGUUAUAUUUAUUCAGAGUUUUCAUGGCUUCUUUGUACCGUACUGUUCAGAUUUUCAUCUACAAACUUGUAAGCAAUUAUCUAUAUACAGAUUAGAAAA